GCCUAUCGUGAACGGGCGCGAAUACUGGGCCUCUUGCCCUCUGUCUACGCCAUUAUCGCUCUCUCUCCACAAUUCACGACUAGCCACUAUCGCUGGAGACCAACGUCACGAGGCCGUUCCAUGCGCAGCGCUCAAGUAGACUGCCCGCGCACCGUUGCACCCCGACUGCUACCCCGACUGCCACCACGCCCGCAACCCACCCGCCGAACCAAAGUCCCCGCCAACUACCCCGAGCACGCCCACCCCGAACACGCCCACCACCCGCCGCCGAUCGCGCACCCGACAUGAUGGACACUAUGGAUCGCGGGAGCAUCUACGACCACGACAUACCCUCGCUGAGCGCAUCGCUCGAGGCCUUCGACCCCGAGCGCAGCAUGCACUCGGCGUACAGCGGCCGCUCCGCCAUGCACUCGUCGCGCUGGAGCAUCCCACAGGAGGCCGACGAGUCCGAGGCAGAGUCGGACGGGCCGUGGGCGCCGCCCGCCUGGCAAAAGUCAAACAGCCACUGGUACCGCAAGUCGCUGCUGAGCGAGAGCCGCCGCCGCUCCAGCACCUCGCGCUCGCCCUUUGAGUACCGCGCCGACCGCGAAGUCACGCCGUCGCGCAUACCCCUCCCCGAGUCGCCGCGCAGGAUGACGCCGCGCACCAGCCCAGAGCCCAUCCCCGAGUACGAGCACAGGUAUGUUUCAGACAACAUCGCCUCGCGCAUGCAGAGCCCGUGCGACGAGCGCCAGCCAGACGCGGGUGCCCAGCCCGACGACGAGACGCUGCUGUCGCCCGACGACGAGGCGAGCAAUCUGGACGGAUUCGUCCGGUUCGCGAUCAGAGGAGAGACGCUGUUCCGGACUGCGCCCAUUGAAGAGACGCUGACGUCUGUCGCGAACGGUUUGCACAUGUUCACGCGAUCGAGGGCUAACGUCUUGUGCACCCUCACUGCCCUGUUCUUCUCCUGGCUCCUGCUGCAGCCAUGGACCGCCAGCUUGAUCCCAGACGUCGCAAACGUCGCGGGCAUGGCCAAGCAGUUUGAGCCGCUCAUGUAUGCGUCCGAGAACGUCAUACCGCGGUCGCGCGAGCUUGCAGAGGCCAGUAUUGCAGUGCAGGACCUCGGCGAGAGCGUGCGCGCGACCAACAUGUCGGCCUCGACGGUCAUCAUAGACCAGCUGGACGAUCUGGGCGACAGUCUCAAGAUCCUGUCAGAGAAGAUUACGAGCUUUUUCACAAACGUUGACGGAGACAUGGACUCCAUCCUCAUAACCAUGGAAUGGGCCAAACGCGAACUCCAAAGCAUCAGAGGCCCCAAAGUCGGCAUGAUCGACAACGUAAUCGGUAACAUCCACGGCGGCCUCAGCAAAGUCGGCCUCCUCGAGCGCAACGGCUCGCCCACAACCAUCGGCCGCGUCGUCAACGACGUACUCGGCCACACCACCCAGCAGCGCUCCAAAGCAACCCUCCAACGCACAUUCGACUACCUCCUCUCGACGCUGGAAGAAAACAUCGCAAACGAGCUCUCCCGCGCAGACACGCUCUUCCAACUCUUCGAAAGCGUCGACCGCCAAUUCCAAAACCUACACCGCUCCGUCGCAAAAGAAGAAGACAGCCUCGCGACGAAAAAAGACGAAUUCCUCGCUAGCAUGUGGCGCAUGACCAUCAACAAUAAAAUGAAGAUCAAGAAAUACGAGAAGAACCUCAAGCUGCUGAAAGAUGUGCGCGCGUCGACACUGACGAAUAAGUCCGAGCUCAAGAGCCAUAUUCAGAUCAUUCAUUCGGUGAAGGAUCAGCUGGAUAAGGCGAGGAAAAAUCUCAUCUCCCCGCUUAUCAGGCGCGCGCAGAGUAAUAGCUUUGGGUUGGAGUCCCAGCUGCAGGAUCUUAGUGGGACGUAUGGGUUUCUCAAGGGAUUGAGGGAGACGCAGAAACAUAAGGUGCUGCAGCAGCUUUGGGGGGAGCCGAAGAGGCGCGUGGCUAUUACGGCGGGGGCGGGUAGGGAGGAGGAUAAUGAGGAUGAGUAUUGAGGGGGGUGUACUCUUCUGAUGUUUCUUGUCUUGACUUCUUGCGACUUGCUUUUUGAGCGUUGCGUCUUGUCUUGUCUGGAUUUCUGCAUAGCGCUUGCGACUGCCGAUUGGAUAGACAAAUGUGCGUUGUGUUUGUUGUGCGCUUUUUCUUGCUGGAGGCGUUCGGCGCGGAUGGAAUGGAAUGGAAUGGAAUUGGUGGGUCGGUCGGGUAUGCAUGGUCAUGGUUUGAGGCUUCGACUACCACGGGCGCAACUGCAGGCGUUCUCUUGGUUUGGGUUGUCGCUGAGCUACGGCAUGGGCAUGGUAUCGCAUGGGGGGGUUGUGAGCGUAUAUGGCGUGUGGAGUUUUGGGCGUUUCCAUUGUCUUGUGUAGCUUUCUUUCCUUGUAGGUAUUGAUUCGCAGUAGUUAGUAAGUUUAACUGUCAAUUCACC